CACCGAUAGAGGGCGCCGGUUCGACCGCAGGCAGGCCGAAGGAGCAGCAGCAGCCUUACCUCACUGCCCUUCCAGCAGCAUCUCACCUUCAGCCGGCCACACGCGCAUCCGCCGACGCCCCUGCAAGUACCGCCGCAGACAGCCGCGCCUGAACGCAGAAAACCGGACGGGGCGAACUCGCUCGACACCAGGGCCGAGUGACUUAAUGAUGUAGGGCUUGUCUUUGCGGUUUUGACAUCCGAUUUAGCCCGCCGGCUUCGCUGCGCCACAGAAAACCCCGCAUAGAUUUACCGCAGCCCUUUCCUCGCCGUGUCACGAUUAAGGCCCCCCGACUCCUCACGCUGCCGGACGCAGGACAAGUCGACGCCUCCGCGAAUCAGGUCGUUGUCGGUUUUCUCCGCCAGUGAGCUCAGGCCGCAUCUGCUCGCCUCCCCCAAGCCACGGCAGCAUCUUCCCAGCCAGCAUCAGCAUCACCACCGCCAUCCUUGAAUCUGCGCCAUGGCCGACGUACCAUCGGAGUGCAACAUAAAAGUGCUGUGUCGCUUUCGUCCUCUCAACCAGUCCGAGAUCGUGCGCGGGGACCUGUUCCUGCCCAAAUUUCAAGGGGACGACACCGUCGUCGUGGGGGGGAAGUCCUACGCGUUUGAUCGUGUGUUUCCAACCAACACCACCCAGGAGCAAGUUUACAACACUUGUGCCAAGCAGAUCGUCAAGGAUGUGCUCAGUGGAUACAAUGGCACUAUCUUUGCAUAUGGACAGACCUCCUCCGGGAAGACUCACACCAUGGAGGGAAAGCUGCACGACCCUCACCAGAUGGGCAUCAUUCCUCGCAUUGCUGAGGACAUUUUCAAUCACAUCUUUGCUAUGGAUGAAAACCUGGAGUUCCACAUCAAGGUUUCCUACUUUGAAAUCUACAUGGACAAAAUCCGUGACCUUCUGGAUGUGACAAAGACCAACUUGUCCGUCCAUGAGGAUAAGAACAGGGUUCCAUAUGUUAAGGGAUGCACUGAGCGCUUUGUGUCCAGCCCUGAUGAGGUUAUGGAUGUGAUUGAUGAGGGCAAAGCUAACCGCCAUGUUGCCGUGACCAACAUGAACGAGCACAGCUCUCGCAGCCACAGCAUCUUCCUGAUCAACAUCAAGCAGGAGCAUGUGGAGACGGAGCAGAAACUGUGUGGGAAACUCUACCUGGUGGAUCUGGCUGGCAGUGAGAAGGUCAGCAAGACCGGAGCUGCAGGUUCUGUCCUGGAUGAGGCUAAAAACAUCAACAAGUCUCUUUCUGCUCUGGGAAAUGUCAUCUCUGCCUUGGCUGAGGGAACGAAAUCUCACGUUCCGUACCGCGACAGCAAAAUGACCCGCAUCCUGCAGGACUCCCUGGGCGGGAACUGCCGCACCACCAUGUUCAUCUGCUGCUCUCCGUCCAGCUACAACGAAGGGGAGACUAAAUCCACGCUGAUGUUCGGACAACGAGCCAAGACCAUCAGGAACACGGCCUCUAUCAACCUGGAGCUGACUGCCGAGCAGUGGAAGAGGAAGUACGAGAAGGAGAAGGAGAAGAACAAGACCCUGAAGGAGACCAUUCAGAAACUGGAGGCGGAGCUCAACCGCUGGAGAAACGGAGAGGAUGUGCCUGAGACUGAGCGGACCACGUCAGACGUGGUGACCCGUAUCGAGACCGUGGAGGAGCGCCCUGUCCUGGACAACGACACCUCCUCCAUCGUGGUUCGCAUCUCUGAAGAGGAGCGGCAGAAGUACGAGGAGGAGAUCCGCAAGCUGUACAAGCAGCUGGAUGACAAGGAUGAUGAGAUCAACCUGCAGUGUCAGCUGGUGGAGAAGCUGAAGCAGCAAAUGCUGGACCAAGACGAGCUCCUGGCUUCCUCCCGGGGAGACGGGGAUAAGGUCCAGAAUGAGCUGGGUAGGCUGCAGGUGGAGAGCGACUGCGCCAAGGCCGAAGUGAAGGAGGUGCUGCAGGCACUGGAGGAACUGGCCAUCAACUAUGACCAGAAGAGCCAGGAGGUGGAGGAGAAGGGCCUGCAGAACCAGCUCCUGGCUGACCAGCUGGCCCAGAAAAUGGCGAGUUUGAUGGAGCUGGAGGCGGAGCUGUCUCGUAUGCAGGAGGUGAGCGGUCAGCAGAGGAAGCGCAUCGCCGAGGUCCUCAACGGGCUCAUGAGGGACCUCAGCGAGUUCAGCACCAUUGUGGGGAACGGGGAGAUAAAGCUGCCGGUGGAAAUCAGCGGGGCCAUCGAGGAGGAGUUCACCGUGGCCCGCCUCUACAUCAGUAAGAUCAAGUCGGAGGUGAAGAGCAUGGUGAAGCGAUGCCGGCAGCUGGAGAACAUGCAGCUGGAGUGCCACCGCAAGAUGGAGGAGACCGGCCGGGAGCUCUCCUCCUGCCAGCUCCUCAUCUCCCAGCACGAGGCUAAGAUCCGCUCUCUGACCGAGUACAUGCAGAGCGUGGAGCAGAAGAAGAGGCAGCUGGAGGAAAGCCACGAUUCCCUAGCCGAAGAGCUGGCUAAGCUGCAGGACCAGGAUAACUCUCUGCUCGAGGACAAAGAUGCAGAGAAGGGCGAGAUCGAGGAGGGAAGCACGAAGAAAGCCCUUCGUCAGCAGGGCGAGUCUCACCGCGGCCUCCAUCACAAGCAGCUCGCCCGCCUGCGGGAUGAGAUCAACGAGAAGCAGAGGGUCAUCGAUGAGCUCACCGACCGUAACUCCAAGCUGGAGCUGGAGCUGGCCCAGGUGCGCGCUGACUUUGACCGGCUGAAGAGUCAGGACAGCUGCAAGAGCGAGCGCCUGGAGGAGCUGUCAUUCCUGCAUGAGCGCCAUGAGCAGACCAAACAGGACUUGAAGGGUCUGGAGGAGACUGUUGCCCGCGAACUCCAGACCCUCCACAACCUGCGCAAGCUGUUCGUUCAAGACCUCACGUCGCGGGUUAAAAAAAGUUCCGAAAUGGAGCCUGAUGAUAGCGGGGGGUCUUGCACCCAGAAGCAGAAGAUUUCCUUUCUUGAGAAUAACCUGGACCAACUUACAAAGGUUCACAAACAGCUGGUACGUGACAAUGCAGAUCUGCGUUGUGAGCUUCCAAAGCUGGAGAAACGUCUUCGGUCUACUGCUGAGAGAGUUAAGGCCCUGGAGACUGCACUGAGGGACGCCAAAGAGGGCGCCAUGAUGGACCGCCGCCGCUACCAGCAGGAGGUCGAUCGCAUCAAAGAGGCCAUGAAGUCUAAGGCUGCACUAAGACGCCCCCAUGCUGCACAGAUCGCAAAGCCAGUGAGACCAAAGCAGCUGCCGGUUUGCUCUCCUACAAACCCGUUCUACGCCUACAUCCGGGCUACAGAGCACGCCAACGCCUACAGCAACGCCCUCUUCCAGGGCAGCAUGACACCGAAGAGCUCCUCCAGCAUCGACUGCAACCUGAACUCUGUGCAGAGCAACACAGUUUCCACAGCUCUGGGCUACAGAGCAGGAAGGUAUAACGGAGAUGUGCUGGAGUCCUACCCGCUCAACAUUGACAACGGUAACACCAUCAGCGAAGCCAGAGACAUAAACGACAACAGGAGUGACGUUCCCUGCGGCCGCGAGGUGGAGGAUUCAAACAGGCACAGCAUGCAGCAGCAGCAGCAGCAGCAGGCCGCUUCAAGUUAGCUCGACCAAACACUGUACCCCUCCAAGGACCCUCCCGUUCCGUUUGCAUGCAGCCUCUGUAACCUCCAUUCACCGCAUCACCAGUGAAGAUGAAGAUGAAGACCUGUAGCUCUGUAGUAGAUGAAGCCCCACCUGUUCCUCCGGUGACCGUUCUUGCUCUCAGUUUUAGGCUUCAGUCCCUUCCAGUCCAGUCCGCUCUAAACAUAUUCUCUCCGUCUCUGCUUCAUCGAUACAGCCGAAUCUCAACCACUCAUUGAUCCGUGAGUCGAUCAGACUGAGGUGACUGAACUGAAACAGGACUGAACCCAGAUCGCUCAGUACUCGCACUUUGUAAAUAGUUGUGCCGUGUACUCCUGUAGUUUUUUUUUCUUCUUCUUUUUGUUGAUGUUGUUGUUUGUUUUUGACCAACAACUGUUUCUCUAAAUGCCACACCUCCUCCGUCCCCCGUGCAUACGUUCUUGGCCAAGUGGGUAAGAAAAUGUAAGCGACCGUGAACCUUUUAGACGAUCGUGAAUAAGAGCGUAUAUACCAGCUAGUCGGAGAUGCCUCGGUCUCCGUGUGCAUGUCGCCUCAUUUGCCGGGCUAAGCUUUCAAGUCUCUGCAUGUUUGGAGCUGGAGACAGAUGCGAGAAACAAGAGAGAGAAGGUUUCCCUUAAUCCAGAUCUCAGUGUCAGUGCUGUAUGUUUUCUAUCUCAAAGCAAAUUUCAGUGCCGAUUUGGAUCAGUAUAAUGACAAAAAAAAAACAGAACAUGACGAAAAGGUGAGGGAGCCCCAGCUAAGACGUGCAGUUGUUUUGGACAGACCUCCACAAACUGCUUUGAUAAUGCUGCGGCUAUGUAAUGACCCUCCCUGCACCGCUCACACACCUCGACACCCCCCUUAGCCGAGCCUUAACGUUAGCUGAUGUCUCACAGUCGGUUUGAUUCGCUGUCAUUUGCAUAAAGUACAUUUGUAAUUACUACCUCUAGAACAGCUUGUUGUUUAUGAACACCUAUAUUUUCAAGUGCUGAAAAAAAAGUAAAGAGCUGAUCCUAGAGUUUCUACAGACAGUUGUAACCUUAGAAUAACAGUACAUGUAAGUAGAUUUAAAGGCAUUAACCGUAGCUGUAGUUUUCUUCUCAUGCAAGAUCAUAAAAAAAAAAGGCUUUUUAUUUCAUCAGGGCUUGGGGCGAUGCAAGGCUUUUGCAAAAACUGGCUUUUUAACUUCAAAACAGACUCUAUAAUACUUUUUUUUGUCAUCCUUUGUCACAAAAGGUUACUUCAGAUUAGUUACAUGCAUCCCUUGUGUAAAUGAGCAGAAGAACAGAGGUAGUUUUUUUUAAAUGGGCCAUAUGUGCAGCUUUCCAGGGUAGCAGGGAGCUCACUUAGUGGGCACCUGGGUGACGAGUAUGUUAUUCUGUGAAGUCUUGUUUUCCUUUAGCGAGAGUGUUUGGGUGCUACCUUUAGCUUUGCUCAUGUGAAAUGACCUCUUCACAAGUGGACUUUUGUAUCGUGGAAGCAGAAACGAGAGGGAGGAAACAGUAGUGGGUGUAGGGAGCGCCCAGGGUGCCAUUCAAGCAGGAGCCGCCGCUGCAAGAAGAAGGAAGUCAAGGAUCCUUUGUAGACAGUCUGCAAGCUGUUUUAGAAGAUCCACGUGUUUAAUGAUUUGUUUGCCCGGCUGAGCAGCCACCAGUCUGGGAUGUUUAGAGGAAAAGCCUAUUGCUGUUGUUCUUCUCCUGACCAGCCAAUCAGGACAGAGGAAAGCAGCAAUCCAUAGAAGUGGGAGAUAAACAUGUGUUAGGAAUGAAUCGACGAAUCAAAAUGGAAAGGAAAGGCGGGCUGCUGAACACCCAGCAAUCUUCUCUCUGCACCGUUAAAGACAGGAAUGGGUUAAUUUCGAAUUUUAUUUAUUUUAUUAAGUUUGUGCUCCUAAUUUAAGAAGAUCUGACCCACCACUCUAGGGUUUAAUUAGCCUGCAACAUCUUGAAUGACAGAUUUUGAAAAUAUUCAAACACUACUUUCU